UAUAGCAAUGAACUCUCUCACACUAUUCUGGUACGAUUAUUCAAUUUUUAUUUUAGUCCUAGUUUUAAGCAUUUUAAUCGGAAUUUAUUUCGGAUGUUUCGCUAAAAACAAGCAAUUAAAUCCUUCCGAAUACCUCCAAGGAAACAAACAAAUGAACGCAUUCCCAGUUGGUGUAUCACUAAUUGCAAGUGUGACUUCCAUUUCCGUUCUUCUAAGCUCCUGUUCAGAAGUGUAUAGUUUUGGUGCAAAUAUAAUUUUAGUCAUAAUUGGCAUGACUAUAGCCUACUUUGCCAACAAAUUUAUCUACUUACCUGUAUUUUACAAUCUUGAAAUUGACACAGUUUAUGAAUAUUUGGAAAAAAGGUUUGAUAAAAGGGCGAGGCAACUCGCGUCGGGCAUUUUUACAAUUUGUCUCAUCUGUUAUCUAUCAAUGACCAUUUAUACGCCAGCUUUGGCCUUAUCUGCAGUCACUGGAUUUCAAUUGCAAUACGUUAUAGUUGGUGUCAGUGGUGUUUGUAUUUUUUAUACAAGUAUUGGAGGUUUCAGGACUGUUAUUUGGACAGAUGUGUUGCAAUUUUUUGUCGUUUUGGUCACUUUCAUCAUUAUUCUAGCUUUAGCGAUUGGAUCAACUGGGGGUUUCACUGAAAUUUGGGACAAAGCGAUGGGAAGUGGCCGUUUGGACAUUUUCGAAUUUGAUCCAAACCCAACACGUCAUAGCAGUGUUUGGAUCAUGAUAAUCGGUUAUUCGUUCACAUAUUUGACAAUCAAUUGUGUUGACCAAAUUACCGUCCAAAAAAUGCGAUCAAUCCGAACCAUAAAAGGAGCAUCAAGAGCCUUGCUUUAUUUCCUAAUUGGGCACUAUUUUGUCGUAAUUAUUUGUAUUUUUCUCGGAUUAACUAUGUAUGCAAAAUAUUGGGAUUGUGAUCCAGUCAGUGCAAAAUUUAUCCAAACACCGGACCAGUUAUUACCUUACCUUGCCAUGGAUGUGGGUAAUAAAAUUCCCGGAGUUUCCGGAAUUUUUGUAGCCGCAAUUUUCAGCUCAAGUUUGAGUCUCCAAUCAGCAACUUUGAACUGUUUAUCUGGUUCCAUAUAUUCAGAUUUCAUGAAACCAUUUUUAAGCAAAUUUAAUGAAAGUAAAAUUUUGAAAUUGUCAGUCGUCGGAAUUGGUAUUUUUUGCACAAUUUUGGCUUUUGUAAUGCCUUACUUAGGAACGCUAUUUAAUAUCAUUUUUACGAUAACAGGUGUGACUGGGGGCCCCAUUUUGGGGAUGUUUACUUGCGGGCUUUUGAUACCAAAAACUAACUCUAAAGGAGCUUUUUAUGGUACUCUCUUCGGAUUUGUGACUUGUUUAUUAAUUGCUUUACCAGCGACUUAUUACCAGGACCAAAAUGGGCAAAAUCAGUAUUUGAAACCCAUUUCGACCAACUGUUUGAAUCAAACUUUACGAAAUGAGACUACAAUUGAUAAAUCGUCACCUCCCUGGUUGUUUCAAAUUUCAUACUUCUACUAUUCGGUGAUUGGUGUAAUUGUCACGAUAAUCAUGGCAUCUUUGAUCAGUUGUGUGACCCAAAAAUCAAAUUUUCGAGUCGACAAAAAUUUAAUUAGUCCAAUCGCUCGCUUUCUCCUUGUUGAAAAAGAAGUAAAAAAUCGCAAAUCGGUGCAAUAUUCAAGUGUGGAUAAUGAACCGCCUCCGAGCUUGUUUUUUUAGUUGCCUAACAACGUAUUUAAUUCAAUAAAAUUAAAAAAAAAUUGGAAAAGAUCUAAGCAUAAAAUAAAAAAUUAUAAUUUUUCUUAAAUGGGGUUUCGAAAAAUUUGCAAAGAAUGGAACACAUGUGUUUUUCUCAUAUUUUCAUGUUUGUUUUUAGUAAAAAUAACUGUUAUAGAAUUAUAGAACUCACCUAUCAGAUUUUGUCGACAUUUAGAAGGGGAUCACGGCUUUGCCGACACACUAUCUGAUUCGCAAAGGUUUUAUCAAAAUUAUCGGUUUCAGUAAAUAAGUAUGUUUUUGAGUCAAAAACAAGCAAAAUUUUUCGGAAGAAUUCAGGCUUAA